AGGCCAGUAAGUUGGAAUUCCAUACACACAAUCUUAGAUCCGCUCCUGGCAAUUUAACCGCCAAAUUAUAAUAAAGAAAACGAAAGUAGGACUUGUGUUUUUCCACGAACGUGAAAAUAUGUCUACUGCAAAGUGUAUGCAGUGCAGCGUAUGACGAUGUCACCUAGUUUUUGAUUGACUUCGUAAUGAUUUCGGAUAUUUGCACAAGGUGUGAAGACAAGGAAGUUCAGAAUGAUCUAGCCCUAUAAUGCCUCUGUUUUCUUCUUAAGCUGGAAACACUGUUGCAGUAUAAUUACAUAGGAUGGGUCAAAACUCAACGAAAGAGGCUGCUAAUCCAGCAAAAGAAAGAGUAGAAACUCAUAGGAAGGAAGAAUCUAGUGUGAAAUCCUCCUCAGUGGCAAGGGAUGGUGUUAGUCUAUUCUCGUCAUCCAUUUCACCAACUGAACAACAUGAUACAACAUCAAGAUCUCUAAAUAUUUCAUCAAGGGAAAGAGGGAUUGUGGCUAACAACAGUUUUCAGGGGUACAAACAUCAAACAACUGGUGAGGUUAGAAAGUUUGAUGAAAGUGAACAUGUGAAGAAAACAUGCUAUAAUUCGAGCAAUAGAUGGGAUACAUUUUCUUCCCAGCAGGAAAAUGAAUUGUUGGAUAUACAUUUAAGAAAAGAACACUCUACAAACAGAUUGCAUGAAACACAUGCUGAGAAAAAGGAGAAGGAAAUACCUGAAAUGUCAUCUAUCAAAAUGCAGAACUCUUAUAGUAAAUAUGAUAAUAGGUUUGAAAGGAAUGAUACAAAAUCAUCUUCAGUAGACCCUCUAAAGUUUAGUGUAUCACCAUCACAAGAAAGCUCUGCAAGGUUUGGUGUGUCAAUAUCGCAAGAAGAAAAACGUGCUGGUAUAGGUGUGAUACAUUCCCAAGAAAAAUCUGCCAGGCUUGGUGUGUCACUAUCACAAGAAGGAUUACCUGCCAGUUGUGUUAAGUCACAAUACCAAGAAAAAUCUGCUAGGCUUGGUGUGUCACAAUUGCAAGACAAAUUUGCAGUGUUUGGUGUAUCACGAUCACAAGAAAAAUCUGCAAUGCUUGGUAUGUCAUCACCACAAAAGAAUCCUGCAAGUUUUGGUAUGUCACUAUCACAAGAUGAAAAACCUGUCAAUUUGGGUGUGUCACAGUCCCAAAAGAAACAUUCAAGGUUUGACGUGUCACUAUCACAAGAAAAGUCUUCAAAGCUUGGUGUGUCACCACUAGAAGAGAAACCUGCCAGUUUUGUUGUGUCUCAAUCACAAGAAAAACGUGUAAAGUGUGGUGUAUCACUAUCACAAGAAAAACAUGCAAAGCAUGGUGUGUCAAUGUCACAAGAAGAAAAACGUGCUAGUUUUGUUGUGUCACAAUCCGAAGAAAACCCUGCAAGGCUUGGUGUAUCACUACCACGAGAACAGCUUACAAAGCUUGGUGUGUUGCCAUUCCAAGAAAACCCUGUCAGUGUAGGUGUGUCGCAAUCCCAACAAAAACCUGCAAAAGUUGGUGUGUCGCUAUCACACGAAAAAUUAGCAAAGCAUGGUGUGUCGCCAUCACAAGUAAAACCUGACAGUUUUGGUGUAUUUCAAUCCCAAGAAAAACCUGCAAAGCUUGGUGUGUCACUAUCACAAGAAAAACCUGCAAGGAUUGAUGUGUCACAAUCUCAAGAAAAAUCAGCAAGUUGUGGUGUGUCAAAAACACAACAAAAGCCUGCAAGGCUUCAUACAUCACUAUCACAAGAUUUAAGGUUUGGUAUGUCAUAUGAAGAAAAAUUUGCCAGUGAUGUUGUGUCGCAGUCCCAACAAAAUACUGUAAGGCUUAUUGAGUCACAAUCACAAAGUCAGUCUGCAAGGUUACAUGUGUCUCAAUCCCAAGAAAAUCCUUCAAAGCAUAGUGUGUCACUUUCACUUGAAAAACAUGUAAAGCAUGGUGUGUUGCUGUCAGAAGAAAAAUAUGCAAAGCGUGAUGUGUUGCUAUCACAAGAAAAAUCUGCCAGUUAUGGUGUAUCAAAACCCCAAGAAAAGCUUGCAAAGCGUGGAGUGUUGCUAUCACAAGAAAAACCUGCAAAACUUGGUGUGAGAAUGUCACAAGAAAACACAGCCAGUUUAGGUGUGUCACAAUCCCAAGAAAAAUGCUCAAUGCUUGGUAUGUCACAAUCACGAGAAAAUCCUGCAAGGCUUGGUUCGUCACUAUCACAAAAAGAAACACCUGCCAGUUUAGGUGUGUCAUUAACACAUGACAAACCUGCAAGUUUUGGCAUGUCAGUAUCACAAGAAAAAUCAACAAGAUUUGGUCUGUCAGUUUCACCAGAAAAACCUGCAAAGUUUGAUGUGUCAAAUACUCGAGAGAAAUAUGCGUGUUUUGAUGUAUCACAAUUGCAAAAAGAUAAGCCUGCAAUGCUUGAUGUGUCACCAUCACAAGAAAAAGAUGCUAGUGUUGGUGGCAGUCAAGAAAUUAUGGAAAGGAAAGCCAAACUGGUUGAUAAAAGUGAACUUGGAGACGUCCAGAAAUGUCAUGAAUUGGUGAGACACAGAUAUGUGGAAAAACAAGUUUGUUGUGUUACUGCGUCUGAAAGUGAUAGUAGCGGGGGGGCCAAAGACCAAGAGGAAAAAAUGCUAGUAUCAGUGAAAUCCGUUUCAGUUUCACAAAAGAAAGAUUACCUAGAUGAUUUCCUUCACUGUGAAAUUCAAUGUUUGAAGGAAACUCUCGCCUUGAAAUCAAAGAAUGGAGAACCAAAGGAGAAUAUAGGGUGUAAAGGAGAAGAGGUUUUGACAAUUGAAGGUAAAACUAAUUUCCGUUCUGUUGCUGCAUUUUCAAAAGACAAAGUUCCAUCUGUUUACAAGAUCAGAGAGGAAGAGACUUUAAAAUGCAAAGAAGCAGAUGCAAGUAACGGAAUUCACCUUUUCGAUCCAACAAAGGAAAAAGCAAAAGCAAAAUUGUCAUCAAAAGAUAUUUCAGGAUUGAAUAAAUAUCCCACUGUGGGUAAACAUGAAGUACUAACAUUAAAAUCUGCUGUUCAGAGUGGAGUUACAAGCAGAACAGAUGGAGCUAUGAUAGAAAUAAUGGAAAAUAAAGCUAAGCAACACGAUAAAAGCAAUACUUUGAAAUGCACCAAAUUGAAUGACAAUGAAUGUAAAGAUGAAUUACUUGAAAAGACAAUUUCUUAUUUGAAGAAAAAGCCAUCAACCCAUUUGCCUGAUGAAACAAAAGUAAAAGAAGCAAUGAAACAAAAAUUUUGCAAACGAAGUGAAGACAAGAAAAGGAAUGGUAGUAUUCCAGACAAUAAAGAUCAGACAAAGCGUGAUCAACUUUCACCUGGUAGAAUUGUUUCACGUCCAGGUACUAGUUAUUACAAGUCCAAAACAACUGAAACACAAGAAAGUGCUAGGGUAGAAGUUGAAAGGGGCACGGAAAUUGGGGACAUUUUGGAUAAGGAGCGCUUUGGGGAAAAGAAAGUUAAAAAGAGUGAAAAUCCAUCUAUUGUGACAACUUCAGAAAAUUCAGUGCAAGUUGCAUGUUACCAAAAUUCUAAUGUAGAAGACAAGAAAAUGGUGAAAUAUAUCUUUACAAUUUUAAAGCAAUUAGAAGAUGAAAAUGAACUACUAACACAUCUCAUUGGUGUUGUGGUAGAUGUUAAAUUUCAAGUUGCUUCCUUUGAAAAAGAUUCUAAAAACGAUGCCACUGUUGUAGUAAUGCACUUCAAAAGCAACUCGGAUGCUAGAAGAUUUCAAAGUUGCCUGACACGAAGUAAGAAAACAAUAUAUUUCGGAUACAAAUUCCAAAAGCAUGAAAAAGGAGCUCCACUAAGAACAAGACGAGAAAGUAUAAAAAUUUUGCAGUAUAUAAAUAAUAGGACUGAAGACGGUUUAGGGAAACAUAUAGAAAAGAUAAGGGAGACUGAGAGUGAACUUGCAACUUUAAACAAGGCACCUGCAACUUCAAAUAAGAAGACCAGAUAUAUUGAUAUUUCACUUCAUGAACAGAGGGAAUCUCAGAAGAAAGCUUUAGAUUACAAAAUCUUAGAACUGAAACAACAACAGGGUGAAUUUCAAGCAUACCUGUCUGACACUAUACGAAGAAUUGAGUCUUUUAAGGGAGAACACGUGGAGCAAAAAGAAUAUGAUUGCCUAUUGAAACGAUUUGAUAUAGAGUGUUCACGGUUGGAGCAAGCAUUACCAAUAUACGCAAGAAGAACUCAAAUUGUUGAUACAAUUCUUCAUAAUCAAGUUUGUAUCAUUUUAGGAGAAACCGGAUCUGGGAAAAGUACACAAAUAACUCAGUAUAUUUUAGAGUCUGAAUUGAGUUCCCUUGGGAAAAUCAUUUGUACACAGCCACGUAAGGUAGCGGCGGUGAGUCUUGCACAAAGAGUUGCAUCAGAGAUAGAGUCAAACGUUGGAGAUCUUGUUGGAUAUCAAACUGGUAUGAAGUCAAAGUUGAGUAGUCACACUAAAGUGUUGUACAUGACUGACCACAUGCUUUUGAACGAGUGUUUGAAAGACCCCUUGCUGUCUGAAUUUUCCUGUGUUGUAAUUGAUGAAGCACACGAAAGGAGUAUUUAUACUGAUUUAUUGCUUGGAAUGAUUAAGAAGUGUUUGCCACAGCGACCAACACUUCAUGUUAUAGUCACUUCUGCAACGAUAGAUCCAGAUGUCUUUGUACGCUACUUUGGAGGACCUGAACUUUGUCCGGUUGUGAAAGUCUCCGGAAGAAUGUUUCCAGUUGAAAUUGAAUGGCUAACAACUUCCUCAGGACUCGAGGUAGUUGAUGAUUAUGAAAUGAAAUGUGUUGAAAAAACAGUAGAAAUUCACAGAAAAGAGCCGCCAGGGGAUAUUUUAGUUUUUUUAACAUCCCAAGCAGAAAUUGAGCAGUGUGCAGCAAAACUGGAAGUUUUAUUAAGAGGAGGAAAGGAUCAUUGGAUUUUGCCACUACAUGGUAAACUUCAAACGGAGGAACAGAAUUUAGUAUUCAAAGUGUCACCAAAAGGAAAACGAAAAAUCGUACUUGCAACUAAUGUGGCUGAAACAUCAGUUACGAUCCCUGGAAUAAAAUAUGUCAUUGAUACAGGGGCUGUGAAAGAAUUGUUGUAUGACCCAAAGAAAAAAGUAAGUGCACUGCGUGUUGUGAAAGUUACCAAAAGUUCCGCGGACCAGAGGAAAGGCAGAGCAGGAAGAACAGCCCCGGGUAAAUGUUAUAGACUUUACUCCAAGGAAGAUUACGAAAUGAUGUGCUCUACCUCUAUUCCAGAAAUUUUGAAAACACACUUGGGUCAUGCAAUUCUUAAGCUUUUGCAAUUAGACGUAGAUCCACUGGAAUUUGACUUUGUACAAGCCCCAGAGAAAGUGUCAAUGGAGAAUACUUUCCAACACCUAAGUAAACUAGGAGCUAUUGAAGAUGGAAAAAUAUCACCAUUGGGUAAAUGGAUCGCUAAACUCCCAUUUGAACCAAAUCUAGGAGUUCUUGUUCAUGAUGCUAUAGACCAUAACGUUGGAUUGGAGGGAAUUAUUAUUGCUGCCUCUUGCACAGUGUCCAGCUCCUUGUUUUAUAGAGGAGGCACACAAAAAGAAAAAGAGAGGUCAGACAAGCUGAAGGUUCGAUUUUGUCAUAAACAUGGUGACCACUUUACAAACUUAAAUGUUUAUAAAGAAUGGCACAAGGUUGAUGAAAAGCAAAAAGGGAGAUGGAGCAGAGAUAAUUCAAUUAAUGGAAAAUCUAUGCGAAGCAUUCGUGAUGCCACAAAAGAAAUUUUGUAUGUUCUGAAGAGAGAUCUUUCCAUCAACAUAAAAUUUGAAUUUUCAGAUGCUGAGGACGUAGAAAGGAAUUUGCAGAAACUGCUAUUCAAGUCUUUUCAAAGCAAUCUCUGUCAUUUUCUCGGACAUGAAAAAGCUGGCUAUUUUUUCAUAGAUAAAAAUCAACAGGUCAUUAUGCAUCCUUCAUCAGCAUUUCAGUCGCUGGCUUCUUGCCCAAACUGGGUUAUUGUUGAAAGAGUGAUGCAAACCUCUCGUGAUUUUGGUGUAAAUAUAACAGCUGUAGCAGAUGAAGACGUCGAGGAAGCAUUGAAUGAAGGAUCUUUAGAUUUUGAUAUUGAUGAUGUAAAACGAAGGAUGGUUACACCAGUGUUAACGGAAUAUGUUGGUUUUCAAGUUCACAGAGAGUUUGUUGGUCCCCGUUACAGUAAAGUGAAAACUAUGCAAGAAAAUCUUACAAUGAUGUGCAAAGACUCUGUGUUUGUAAUUGAUGCAGAUCGCGACAGAGGAGAAAUUUCAAUAUAUGCACCAAUUGAUGACAGAGAAAUAUCCUCGCACACCCUGAAAACAGCAAUAGACCCUAUCCGAGAGAAAGUCAGAACUGAAACUACCGAACAUCCCCUUCUCCCGGACUUUACGAGUGUAAGGAUAUCAAUAGGACCAGGGGGACAAGUUCAAGAUGUUCUGUAUCAAGACGAAUAUAAAAAUGUCUUUGUAUUUGGGGAUCAAAAUCCAUUUCAUUCCAAUGAUGAAAUGGCGGAAUGGUUCAAACGGUUUGGAUCAAUUCGAUCAUUCAUACCAAAGUCUCCAAAAAACACUAAUGCAAGCUAUCUCGGGCAGAUCAUAUUUGAUGAGUCGAAAUUCGCAAAAGCUGCAGUAAUUGCUACUAAAAAGGAAAUUUUCGAAUUUUCUGCAAGACCACCUAAAGGGAUGGGGAAAAGUGAGGAAGGUGAUUUACUCAGAGCAAAACUUACAUGGUGUAGACGAAAGUCCCAAGGGUUUGGAUUUGUUGAGAUUCGUGACCAAAAUAAAAUGGACGAAAUAAUUUUAUCAAGUUUACUUAGCUAUGUUACAGUUGGAGGAAAACGAGCAAAGAUAAAACGGGGCAAUAAAGGCAAACAUCCAAAUGAAGAAAAAAACGAGUUGUUUGUUUCGGGGAUCGGUGAACUCGUCAAUGAAGAUGUUUUGCGUGAAAGUAUUUUAAACAACUUUAAUAUUUCUGAAAAUGACAUCGGAAAAGUGACUGUUAUACGUGAAAAGGUAAACACAACUCCCCAAAUAUUGCACAGUUUGAAAAUACAACUUGAAAGCGAGUUCAAAAAGUAUGUUCAUCCAAAUAAGUUUAAGGUUUCUAUCUUGGAGCCCAAAAUGUCUGACUUUACUUAUCAGGCUUUUGUCACGUUUAAAGACCCAGAAGAAGGAUUUGAGGCAUGUUCUAGGUUACGCAACAGAAUGUCAAUUGGGGAACACGUCGUUUGUGUUACUCCAGAAAUACAUACUAGACUCUUUGUGUUAGCGCCUGUGUACAAACGAGUAGAAAGGAAUAUUCAAACAUAUUGUGAGAAAAUACAGAAUGAAGAUAGUGGUAGACGAAUGCAUGUGAAGCUGAUCAAUGACAAAUAUGUGAUAGACAUUGACGCAGACAGCAUUCAAAGCAUGGUGCACACUAGAAACAAAGUACAAAAAAUGCUUCAAGGGAAAACAGUGGACUUGGAAAAGAUUCCAACACUUCGAUAUCUGUUUACUCAAGACGGUCAAGCAAAAGUCGAAAAAAUUAUGAAGAAGACCAAUACAUUAAUUUUGUUAGAUUAUAGAAAUACAUCCAUGUCUGUGCAUGGUGAAAACGGCGAUCGUGAAAUCGCAUUAAGGAAAGUUAGAAAGUAUGCCGAGAAAUUAUCGUCGUCACGAAUUCGAGUAUUUGAUUUAAAAGGGGAAUCCAAACCACCUGGAUUGAUGAAGGCUGUUAUUGUGGCUCAUGGUGUGGAUCUUAGAGGCCUGAAAACUUCGUCAAACUUGUCAACAGUGGAACUUGAUCACAGGUAUCACAGAAUAAAAAUGAUGGGAUCAGACGAUGCAGUUAACAAAGCUGUUAAAAGCAUCGAAGAAAUUAUGGACCAUAUGCAAAUAAAUGUCGGAAUUGCAGCUUCGAAUCGACCAGAAUGUGGAAUAUGUUUUUGUGAAAUCGAGGAAAGCGAUAUUUACAGAUUGGAAUCAUGUGGUCAUCCCUACUGUAGGGACUGUGUAAAAAUGAACAUAGAAUCUGUCAUUCGGAACAAGGAGUUUCCACUCAAAUGUUUUCAUGAUAAAUGUGAUAUGCUUUGGGCAUGGAAAGAUUUUGUGAAUAUGACAAAAUCUGGAUUCUGUAGCCUGCAAAACAUACUGAAUUCAUCUCUGUCCAGUUUUGUAGUGGGAAACAAAGAUAAAGUUCGAUAUUGUAUAACGCCAGACUGUCCUAUGGUGUACAAAGUCAGCGACGUCGGCGGAAGAAUAGUUUGCGAUGUUUGUAGAACGAGUAUGUGCAGUAAAUGUCACGUCGAGUAUCACAGUGGAAUAUCGUGUGUGAUGUACCAGAUGGAAAACAGUAAUGAUGAAACAGGACUUCAAAAAUGGAUGCGUCAAGACCCAAAUAACAGGAGGUUAUGUCCAAAUUGUUUCGCAGGAAUUGAGAAAAAUGGUGGUUGUCAGCAUAUGGAAUGUCGAGAUUGUAAGAGCCACAUUUGCUGGAUAUGCAUGAAGUUUUUCAGCACUAGCGGUGAGUGUUACGGCCACAUGGACAAAGGACAUGGAACUUUUGUUUGAAGUUGUAUAGAAAGUCGGUAGUGAUGUAGAAAGUACGUGUCAGACUACUGACGAAUUAGGAAAAGUUCUCUUCAUUAUGUGAAAUUAUUUUAUCGUACACGUUGAUAAUGUACUGUUAAUUAAUUGCCUUUAGUUUAUCUAAUAUAGUGGAACACGGCAUUACAUAGAAAGGAUUGAGAGUAAAGAGCAGAAAACUUCCUUCCUUUGAAUAUAAUUCAGAAGAAUUUUGUCAAAUCAUUAUAUAUUUUUUUAUACGCCCGUCUUAAGACGGGACGUAUUAUGGUAUGGCGUUCAUGUCCGUCCGUCUGUUAGCUUUUUCGUGUCCGACCCGUAACUUAAAUACCACAAGGCCUAGAAUCAUCAAACUUUGUCUGUAGAUACAUCUUGGGUAGAAGGUGUGUCGCACAUUAAAACCAGGUCACUGUGACUUUUCAUUAAGAAGAUAUGGCCAUAUAUGGCAAAAACUUGUCCGGCUCAUAACUUGAAAACUAUUGGACCUAGAAUCACCAAAAUUGGUCAACUAAUGCAUCUUAGGUAGAAGGUGUGUCGCAUCCUACUUUAAGGUCACUGUGACAUUUAAUUAAGGUGAUAUAAAAAAAAAUGUUUUAAUGGGUACAAUCUAUACUGUUAACAAUAUGUGACGGGCGUAUCAUGUGCCGUGGCGGUGCACUUUAUUGAAAUAUCAUUUUGAUGUGAAGUAUCUUUUUUGUGAUUUGCAUUUCAAACAGUAUUUGAUUCACAGUUGAUGUCAAAUCAAAGACUUGUUAAACAACAGAUACAAUUCAGUGUAGUUUGAAUAACCAGAUUAUGCGAUCAAAUUAUUUUGUUAAAUUUUAUCCCAGUAAUCUUUCAGAAUUGUUUUUUUUUUUUUAUUUCUUUUAUUUUUGGUUUUGUUCCAUUUCACUGCAAUAUUGUAAAUUAAUCGCAAUUUAUAUACACCAUGCGGCACGCAGUUAAUUUAUUCUCUAUUUUCUCUGUACUGUUACAUUGCUAUAUGUUGAAACUCAAUUUUAUGAUACCCUUAAAAACUGUCAUUGGCGAAAAUGUCGUACUUUUACUCUGAAGUACUCAUGCACGUGGAAAAUAUUUGAAAGUCUUCUUAACUUCCAACAAAAGGGUACAACGAAUCAAAUCAUUGUGCAAAUAUCCUCACAUAAUGUAAAAUUGCUUUUGAAUUUAAAAUUUGUUUAAAUCAUGAUUUUUUGGUCUAGGAUGUAACCACAUUUAGAAACAAAUGUGCAUUGUUGCAUUUCAUAUACUCGUUUUGGGAAGCGGAAAGAGCGAACCAUGUUGUAAUGUAUGUAAUUUCAUGGUGAUUUAUUUGCUUGUAGUGGUCUUUUUUGUUUUGCUCUGCUUUUUUUUUUUGUAUUUUUGGGUGUCAGAUUUCAUUUGCAUACAAUACAAUUGACCAAAAACUAUAUAUGGCGGAUCCUUAUUCCGUAUAGUGUUUUUUUUUUUUUGCGGGACUAAAAUUUGGCGAUUUGCUGGCUCAAAGGUAUGCCAAUAAUUUUAGUGGAAUAGAUUUUGGCGGACAAGGAAGAGUUAUCUCUUUUGCAAAUACCGAAGUCACAGUUGGGUGCAUAUUUGGCGAGUGAAAUUUUGGCGGAAAGCUAUCUAACCACUAAAAUAAGCCAGAUUUAUCACCGCGGAAAAAAAAUCGUUAUACGGUAAUAAACAGGACUACAGAACUAUAUAUCUUUCUAUCUAUAUCUUUCUAUCUAUCUACAAUCCAUCUAUCCAUCUACAAAACUGAUUUCUAUAUCUUGAUUUCUUGAAUUUGUAAUAAAUUUGAAGUAUGCACA